AUCCUCUCAUUUCAUCAUCUGCUGUCGUUUGCUCUUUCUCUCUCUGCAGCCAGCUGUCCAUCACUUGUCAGUAAUCACAGGCUUUUUUUUCUCGGCUUCCUCUAUUUUCCCUACUGUCUUUUUUUUCGUUGCUGGUUUUCCCCCCUAUAUCGUCUCUCUCUUCCCUCCCUGCACCCCGGGGGGCGAGAUAUGAAGCGGGCGCCAUGGGUUUCAUGGAGUUCUACCUGGAGAUUGACCCCGUCACCUUGAACCUCAUCAUCCUGGUCGCCAGCUAUGUCAUCCUGCUCCUGGUCUUCCUCAUCUCCUGCAUCCUGUACGACUGCCGGGGCAAAGACCCCACCAAGGAGUACGCCCCGGACAACGCGCCACAGCCGGCCAGCCAGUCGCCCAUUCGCCUGGUGGUCAUGCAGAACUCGCCCGCUUCGGCCCGCUACGAACCCAACAGCACGACAGGACACGGCGAGACCCCUACGCCGGACCUGAGCCGGGACCGGGGCGAGAGGGAGCGGGAAAGAGAAAGAGAAAGAGAGAGAGAGAGGGAGAGGGAGAAGAGGAGUACUCUGGUCUGAGGAAUAACUGGAAGAGAAGGAUGGGGAGGAUGAGGUGCUGUUGUAUCGCUCUGUACUGUGUUUCUAUAGUCCUGGACUCUUUGUAUUUUUGACUUUUUAACAUCUGGAUGGCGUUGACAAGAUGCCGAGUGGGUCAGCAGGAGGGACUCGGCCACACCUGCUGAAAGAACAACUCCCAUAAGCCCCUUAAAUUCGGAGGGACUCGAUCACAUCCCACCAAAGACAUCCUCCAUUCAUUGCAAGACACUAGACAACAACAAGUCUAACUCCAACCUGUUAGCGGAUGCUCGGACACUGGAGACAUCAGGACUUUGACUCUGUCUCAUCAGGACUUGCUUAAACUAACUGAAGCAUUGCAAGCUGGUGUCUGCUGGACUGGGAUGGAAGUGAAUCCAAUGAUGAAUACUACAUACAGCAGUAACAUGACUUGAUCUAAGAAAGAAGGAUGUUGUGGUCAGUAACCACAUCUGGCACCAUCAUGGACAUCUGCAAGGAAAAGACAUGAUAAAUGACAAAAAAUGUAAAAAAAAACAAAACACAAAAC